AUGUACUUCUUCCUCCUCAAUCUGUCCAUCCUAGACAUCGGAUCCACCUCUGUCAUUGUUCCCAAAUCCAUGGCCAAUUCCAUACUGAACACCAGGUUGAUUUCCUAUUCUGGAUGUGUCACCCAAGUUUUUUUAGUUCUCUUUUUCAUUGCAGCAGACCUCUCCAUCCUCACCAUCAUGGCUUACGACCGAUAUAUCGCCAUCUGCAAACCACUGCACUAUGCGACAGUGAUGAACAGGAGAGCUUGUCUGCAAAUGGCAGCCGCGGCCUGGAGCACUGCUCUUCUGUACUCUGCCCUGCACACGGGGAACACCUUUAGGCUGCCCUUCUGCCACUCCAACAUCGUCAACCAGUUCUUCUGUGAAAUCCCCCAGCUCCUUAGGAUCUCUUGCUCAGAGGUGUUUACUAGUGAAAUUCAGAUUCUUAUCUUUGGUGCAUGUUUAAGUGCUGGUUGCAUUGUGUUUAUAUUUGUGUCUUAUAUUCAGAUAUUCAGUACUGUACUGAGAAUCCCCUCUGAGCAGGGCUGGCAUAAAGCAAUUUCCACCUGUCUUCCCCACCGUACUGUAGUCUUCCUGCUGGGUAGCACUGGUAUAAUUGCCUAUAUGAAGCCCACAUCUGGGUCCCCAUUAGCUCUGGAUCUCAUGGUGUCUGUGCUGUAUUCUUUGAUCCCACCAAUGAUGAAUCCGGUCAUCUACAGCAUGAGAAACAAGGAUAUCAAAGCAGCACUAUGGAAACUGGUGAGAUUGAAGUGGUUAUUCUGA